CGCAUCGGAUGCUGGCCCCCUUCCGUCCGCGGUAACUCUACGCGCAAAUUCGCCCUCCUCUCGACGAGGCCUUCGCUCUAAGAGAUGGUGGCUCCGGCCUCAACAGGAGACAUCUCCACGGGCAUUCAGCCUGCAGCGAGUCGUCUACCCACCCGAUCCUCCAGUACACAUCCUUCGCAUUCCCACAAUGUUCCUUUGAGCGCUCGACGAUCCGCGCCCCUCGACCUGUCGACUGUCGAGCGACGCGGCCAACCCAAUGCUCCCCGGGAGCCUACAAAACGGAUCCGGCCUCACGGGUUGGAAGAGGCACCAACUUACCGGCCGACAGAGGAGGAUUUCAAAGACCCUGAAGCAUACAUUCGCAGAAUCGCGCCGGAGGCUAGUAAAUAUGGGAUUUGCAGAAUUAUCCCCCCGGAGGGCUGGCAACCCCCCUUCGCGAUAGACACCGAGCGUUUUCAUUUCAAAACCCGUCGACAGGAGCUCAACUCGGUCGAAGGAGGUAUGCCCCCGCGUUCAGCCACGUCUGCCGCCGGUGGAGCUCCGCAGCCCAGUUCUGACCCGGAGCCAGGGAACCGUGCAAACUUGAACUACCUCGAUCAGCUGGCCAAGUUCCACAAGCAACAUGGUACCAACCUCAACCGCUUCCCCAGCGUCGACAAACGUCCCUUGGACUUGUAUAAACUGAAAAAGGCGGUCGAGGUGCGCGGGGGCUUCGACGCGGUCUGCAAGAUGAAGAAAUGGGCCGAGAUCGGUCGCGAUCUAGGCUACAGUGGCAAAAUUAUGUCUUCCUUGUCGACUUCUCUCAAAAAUUCCUAUCAAAGAUGGCUGCAGCCAUACGAGGAAUAUCUACGGGUGGCUAAGCCCGGGGUCCAGCAACAACUGGAGCUGGAGCACGGUGGUCCAUAUACACCGUCGCCUCAACAGUCGCCGAUGCCGAAGAGACCAGCUCCAUUCGAGAAUGGCACUCCAUCGGCAACGCCGCAACCUAUUGCAAGCGCUCCUGUCAUUGCAUCGAGGGAGGUUGAAGCGACCCCGGAGAAACCCACUCCUCCAGUCGAGCCUACACCGCCUCGACCGAUUGCGUCCGGCUUCACGGCCGUUAAUACUUCCGGUGGCUUCACGGCCGUUAACCGCUCGCCAUCCUUUGUGGCGGUAAAUAGCGCCCCAGCGGUCAAACGCGAGGCCGACAAUGGGUCACUCACCCCGAAAAGUGUGGCUGAACACCCGGCCAAUGGCCACGGGGCUCCGCCCAUGAAGCGCGCGGUCAGCCACGAGAGUGGUUCUCAGACCGAAAGUGGCGAACUAGAUGCCAACGGCCGUCGCAGCAAGCGUCUUCGCAAAGAUGCGCCUCUGCCGACUAUCUCUGGAAGUCAUAUGAGCCUUCUCCGUCCUGCCCCGCCCCGGCAACGCAAGACGGAUAUUCGCAAGAAUGGAGAUAAAUGUGAAGUUUGUGGCAAAUCCGAGGACCGACCGUCGAUCUUGCUCUGUGAUAGUUGCGAUCAUGGGUACCACAAGUCUUGCCUCGAUCCGCCUCUUACGACCACUCCAGAAUAUGACUGGCAUUGCCCCAAGUGUCUCGUUGGCACUGGGGAAUUCGGGUUUGAAGAAGGCGGAGUUUACUCGCUUAAACAGUUCCAGGAAAAAGCAAAUACAUUCAAGAAGAAUUACUUUGCAUCCAAAAUGCCAUUCGAUCCUGUCCUCAACACCCAUAGACGCGAGUCUGAAGACGAUGUCGAGCGUGAAUUUUGGCGACUGGUUGAAAGCUUGACGGAAACCGUUGAGGUUGAGUAUGGCGCCGAUAUCCAUUCCACCACUCACGGGAGUGGGUUUCCUACCAUCGAACGCAACCCGCUGGACCCCUAUUCUGUUGACCCCUGGAAUUUGAAUGUUCUGCCGUUCCAUGGGGACUCUCUCUUCCGUCACAUCAAGUCCGACAUCUCCGGGAUGACGGUUCCCUGGGUCUAUGUUGGCAUGUGCUUCUCAACCUUCUGUUGGCACAACGAGGACCACUACGCGUAUUCGGCCAAUUACCAGCACUUUGGUGCCACCAAAACCUGGUAUGGUAUCCCUGGCGCUGAUGCAGAGGCGUUUGAAGAGGCAAUGCGGCAAGCAGUACCCGAACUGUUCGAGGGCCAGCCGGACCUCCUCUUUCAGCUGGUCACAUUGAUGCCGCCCGACCAGCUCAAGAAAGCCGGGGUAAGAGUCUACGCCCUCGAUCAGCGCGCCGGUCAAUUCGUCAUCACAUUUCCUCAGGCAUAUCAUGCCGGUUUCAACCAUGGCUUCAAUUUCAAUGAAGCUGUCAAUUUCGCCCCGGCGGACUGGGAGCCCUGGGGCGCUAGGGGUGUCUUGCGCCUGCAAGAUUUUCGGCGGCACCCGUGCUUCUCGCACGACGAGCUGCUGCUGACCGCUGCCGCUCGCGAUUCGUCUAUCACCACCGCCAAGUGGCUGGCACCGGCCCUGCAACGUACUUGCGCCCGGGAGUUAAACGACAGGGCUACUUUCGCCGCACGCCAUCGUGAGGCCGCUCCGCACAAUUGCACACUCUACUCCGAGGAACCGGGGACUGGUGACUGCCACCUGAGAUUCGUUGUCGAGGAGGAAGACCUGCCUGAAGAUGACUACCAAUGCCAGUACUGCAAGGCGUAUACCUAUCUUGCGCAGUUUCGAUGUCAGAAGACGGGGAAGACCGUGUGUCUGCCACACGCCGAAACAUACAACUGCUGCGGAGAGUCACUAACGGAAAGAUUGCUGGGCCCGGAUCACGUACUCCGUUAUCGCAUGAGCGAUGAGACCUUGAAGGCCGUGGUAUCGAAAGUCCAGGAACGCGCCAGGAUCCCCGAGGCAUGGGGAGAGAAACUCGACUACAUCCUAGAAGACGAACCCAAACCCCAAUUGAAGGUCCUCCAUAACCUACUUAGCGAAGGUGAGAAAAUCCCAUACCAUUUGCCUGGUCUCCCAGAUCUCGCGGCCUUUGUCCAGCGCUGCGAUAAAUGGGUUGAAGAAGCAACCAAUUACAUUACCCGCAAACAGCAAAACCGGAGGAAGAACGAGAAGGCGUGGCGCAAGGGUACUUCCAAGGCUGCGCAGCUGGAAGAACGUGAUCGUGAAGUUCGCAGAGUAGAAAACAUCUACGCCCUUCUUGCAGAGGCUGAUAAACUGUCGUUCGACUGUCCACAGAUGGCGGCACUGGAAGAGAAGACCCGCGAGAUCGAGAAAUUCCGCCAGGACGUUAACGUUGCCCUCAUGAACCCCCACAUCCGAUCGGUCCAGGAAGUCGAAGAUCUGGUGGAAUCCUCUCGCAAUUUCAACGUGGAUAUACCCGAGGUUGAAAACCUAGAGCACAUUCUCCGACAAAUGAAAUGGAACGAAGAAGCGCGCCGCAAGCGCGACCAAUACUUGACCCUCAAGGACUGCCAGGACCUGAUUCUCGCCGGCGAGCAACUGGGACUGUCGGACACCAAUGAUCACCUGCUCUACCUCAAGGAACUCUGUCGCCACGGUGAGGCCUGGGAAGCGAAAGCCAAAGAACUAAUGGCUGUGGAAUCCGUGCACUACCAGCAGUUGGAGGCUCUCUCCGCGCAGGCGUCCCGCUUCCCUGUCUCCCCCGAGACCCUUGCCGCUGUAGAUGCCAUAUUAACCAAGCAACGUGAGGCGCAGAAAAGGAUACAGAGCUUGUAUGAGCGAAGCAAGGAUCCGGAUUUUCGGAAACGUCCAAAGUACAAAGAAGUUCGGGAGCUCAUGGAGUCCUUGGAAGAAUUGAACAGUCGGCCGACCGGUGCGCUUGACCUUGAGCGGGAGCAAAAGCGCCAUGAAGACUGGAUGCGAAAGGGUAAAAAGCUUUUUGGUAAAGCCAAUGCCCCCUUGCAUAUCCUCAAGUCUCAUAUGGAGUACGUGGAGAAGAGAAACUCCUAUUGCUUUGACCUGGAGGAUCGUUGCCGGCCUCCUGUUGAGCCUGCGUCGAGGGACAAUAGCCCGGAUGGUCUGCUGGAGAGCAACCCUACCCCCAGUAUGUGGGGUGGGGGGAAAUCACGGAAGCGCGAUGUGUUCUGCAUCUGUCGACACUCCGAAGCCGGCAUGAUGAUCGAGUGCGAGGUCUGUCAUGAGUGGUAUCAUGGAAAGUGUUUGAAGAUUGCCCGGGGCAAAGUCAAGGAAUUUGACAAGUAUACAUGCCCCAUCUGCGACUGGCGGCAGAAGAUUCCUAGGGAUGCUGCUCGUCCAAAGCUGGAGGAUCUCCUCGAGUGGCAGGCCGAGAUGCCUGGCCUGCCUUUCCAACCGGACGAGGAGGAAAUCCUGGACAACAUCGUCAAUCAAGCAACCACAUUCCGCGACUUCCUUCAGAGCUUCACGAAUGCUGCCUGCACGACUACCGAGGAGGUGCCAACGCUGAUCUUCUACUUGCGCAAGAUCGAGGGAGCGGAGGUCUUGUUGGCGUACGAAACCAACUUCUUCCGUCAGGAGAUCCACAAAUGGGCCCCGAUUGCCCCAGAGGCCCCGCCGAUCUUGGAGCAGUCGCUUUCCACCCGCAAGCCUCGUCCGACCAAGCAGCAGAAGAUCAUGGCACAGCUUGGUGUGGAGCGGCCAGAAGAUCUUCCCCCGCACCUGCGCUCGAAGCAGCCCAACCUUGUCAAGCGCAAGUCUAUUGAUGCUACUCCGAGUCGGCCUACCCUGCUUCAGCCCUCGCCUGGCGUCGGUGACGGUUCCAACUCGGAGUCAGGGCCUACCUUGACCAUGGGCGACUCGCAAAAUCCGCCAUAUCCUUUCUCCGCCAGCUACACGCUUUCCGCUAGCGACUCGACGCCGGCGUUCGCCCCGGGCUCUUCUGCUUUCUUGCCCCAUGUGUCAUCGGCCGACUCGCCUCCGUUCCCUCCUCGCUCUCCUUCCCUCCACCAUCAGGGACUCGAAACCUCUCUGUUUAGUUCCCCGCGAUUCACUCGGGACCAUCCCGAUGGCCCUCCCGGUGUGGAUGUUGAGAAUCCGUUUGACAGUAGUCCUCGGCAGAACCUGGACGAUGUUUUUGCCGACCUCACCAACCAGGAUACGGAGGGCGAUCAAGAUCCGGAGCAAGAGCCGGAGCCCAUGGAGAAUACACAUGCUAACGAAGCACUGGAGGUUCUUGAUGUGAGCAACGGGGAGAGCCAUUCCGAGCACCUUCCGGAUGAUGGGUCCGAUGAUGAACAACUCAACGGUCACGUGGACGUGGACGAAAUUGAAUAAGCGCGCUUCUUCCUCUCUUCCUUUCAUUUCCUUCUUAGAUUUCUUGACAUUCUAUACUCCGGCAUUCUGCGGCGUUUUCUAAAGCCUUCUUCAGGUGGUUUUCUGUGUGUGGUUCAUGAAUGGGUAACGGUGUUGACGUGUCUGGUGUGUGUUUUCGAGUACUACGGUGCUUUAAUAAUUGUUCGGUGUACCAAAAAGGGCCUGGCGAGCAGGGGUCCAAACGCUUUGCUAAUUCUGUCUUGUUGAUGGCUUUUAGGCCUAAUGUACACUGUUAGUCCCCUAUCUUCUUCGUGG